AGCACUGCACCAACCGUGGCGAGGUCUUCGUCUCCGGCCUAUGAUGCUGAGGACACUUCACUUGCCGGCAGACUAAAGUUGAUUAGGAAAGAGUCGGCGCUCUCUCCGCCGCGAGCUGUUGUUUGCACAAGACGUGGGUAGAUUCAGCGAAGAACUAGCAAGCCUGUUGGUUGUCAAGUUUUCCGGUUGUGGAUGAGCUACCACCAGCAGCAGUGACAGAGGGGUGAGGCCGCGAGACCCGCACCACCCAACCCCCAUCCCCGUCAGCCAUGCCGCCGCCAGCAGACCUCGUCAAGGUGGCCAUUGAGUGGCCGGGGGCUUUCCCCAAACUCAUGGAGAUCGACCAGAAAAAGCCUCUCUCGGCCAUCAUCAAAGAAGUGUGUGAGGGGUGGUCCUUGGGGAACCAUGAAAACUUUGCUCUGCAAAUUGCUGAUGCCACAAAUUUCUACAUCACAGAAAAGAAUCGCAAUGACAUUAAGAACGGAUCAAUCCUGCGCUUGACCACCUCUCCUUACCUGACUGCAGUCCAGCUCCAUGAACGGAUCCAGUCAUCCAGCAUGGAUGCCAAGCUGGAGUCUCUGAAGGACCUGGCCAAUGCAUCGAGGGACAUCACCUUCGCCCAAGAGUUCAUCAACUUGGACGGCAUCUUCUUGCUCACUCAGAUGGUGGAGAGUGGGACUGAACGCUAUCAGAAACUACAGAAGAUAAUGAAGCCCUGUUUCGGUGACCUGCUGUCCUUCACUCUGACGGCCUUCGUGGAGCUGAUGGACCACGGCAUCGUCUCCUGGGACACUUUCUCUGUGGCCUUCAUCAAGAAGAUCGCCAGCUACGUGAACAAGUCGGCCAUGGACACGGCGGUGCUGCAGCGGUCCCUGGCCAUCCUGGAGUCCAUGGUGCUCAACAGUCAGGAUCUUUACCACAAGGUGGCGCAGGAGAUCACCAUCGGGCAGCUCAUCCCACAUCUCCAAGGGACUGAUCAAGAUAUUCAGACAUACACAAUUGCUGUCAUCAAUGCUCUCUUCCUCAAAGCUCCUGAGGAGAAGAGACAGGAGAUGGCCCAUAUUCUUGCCCAGAAACAGCUGCGCUCCAUCAUUCUCAGUAGCGUGAUCCGGAGCCCCACACCCAUCAACGAUGAGAUGGCCCACCAGCUGUACGUCCUGCAGGUGCUCACUUUCAACCUGCUGGAGGACCGCAUGAUGACCAAGAUGGAUCCCCAGGACCAGGCUCAGAGGGACAUCAUCUUUGAGCUGCGGAGAAUCGCCUUCGACAUGGAGUGUGAGCCCAACAACGGCAGCAUCGAGAAACGCAAGUCCAUGUACACCCGCGACUACAAGAAGCUCGGCUUCAUUAACCACGUGAAUCCAGCUGUGGAUUUCACCCAGAUCCCCCCAGGCAUGCUUGCUCUGGAUAACAUGCUGUAUUUCGCCAGACACCACCAGGACGCCUACAUCAGGAUCGUCCUGGAGAACAGCAGUCGAGAAGACAAGCACGAGUGUCCGUUUGGCCGCAGCAGCAUCGAGCUGACCAAGAUGGUCUGUGAGAUCCUCAAAGUGGGCGAGCUGCCCAGUGAAAACUGCCACGACUUCCACCCCAUGUUCUUCACCCACGAUCGCUCCUUCGAGGAAUUCUUCUGCAUCUGCAUCCAGCUGCUCAACAAAACCUGGAAGGAGAUGAGAGCCACGAGCGAGGACUUCAACAAGGUCAUGCAGGUGGUGAGGGAGCAGAUCAUGCGAGCGCUGACUCUUAAGCCUAAUUCCCUGGACCAGUUCAAGAGUCGCCUGCAGAACCUGAGCUACACAGAGAUCCUGAAGAUACGCCAGUCCGAAAGGAUGAAUCAGGAAGACUUCCAGUCCCGCCCCAUCCUGGAGCUGAGGGAGAAGAUCCAGCCCGAGAUCAUGGAGUUGAUUAAACAGCAGAGGCUCAACAGGUUGUGUGAUGGAACCUGCUUCAGGAAAAUCAGUAGUCGCAGGAGGCAAGAUAAGUUUUGGUAUUGCCGUCUGUCUCCGAACCAUAAAGUCCUGCACUACGGAGAUUUGGAAGAGAGCCCUCAGGCCGAAGUGCCCCACGACUCUUUACAGGAGAAACUGCCGGUGGCUGAUAUUAAAGCUGUUAUUACCGGCAAAGACUGUCCUCACAUGAAGGAGAAGGGAGCCCUGAAGCAAAACAAGGAGGUGUUGGAGCUGGCCUUCUCCGUCCUCUACGAGUCGGACGAGUAUUUAAACUUUAUUGCUCCUGACAAACACGAGUACUGCGUGUGGACAGACGGUCUGAAUGCUCUCCUGGGGAAGGAGAUGACCAGCGACUACACCAAAUCCGACAUGGACACCCUGCUCUCCAUGGAGAUGAAGCUCCGCCUCUUGGAUCUAGAGAACAUCCAGAUUCCUGAGGCCCCGCCCCCGAUUCCCAAAGAACCGAGCAACUAUGACUUUGUUUACGACUGUAACUAGCCAAACAACUCCACGAACACAAACCCACCCAGCACCUACUGUACUCCCUGGACCAAUCCCCUUUUCUUAUAAACUGGAACAAAUCAAAUCAUAUAAUGUAAAAAGAAAAAAAAUGAACUGUGACUUAACAAAAAAAGGAUUCAUUGAACUAUUUUCUUCUUGCUUCUUGCUAGACCGCUAAGAGAGAAGACGGUGCGUAUUAAUAGGCUCGCUGCACUUGAGGGGACUCGGGUUUGAUGCCGUCAUCCGGUUGCCAUGGAGAAGACAAACCGGGAAGUAUUUGUUUUGCCUGUUGUCCUCCGUCCUUUUCCUCUCUCUCCUCCCGUGUCUGAAGUUUCGAGACGUUCACUUCUUCCUCUCGACCGAAGGCGCCCGCGGUCCUUAUGCUUGAAGAUUGUGGUAGACACAUGUUUAGAAAUUGAUCUUCCUUGUCGUCCUUUUUUAUGUUUACUUUAUUGUUUUUCCUCAGGGCUUCUUAGGAGGGAGGGAUGAUGGUGGUGUAGUUCAGGAUCAGGGAGGAACGGGGUUUGUGUUUCCUGUCACAUUCUCACUCACGGUAUCUGUGGCAGCUAAAUGUUUUCCACGAGGCUGGAAGGAAAGUUACAGAAACAGUGAAUGAAAUCGUCUCUCAUAUCUGCUCUGAUCUGCUACACGUGUACUGAAGACUGUUAGAUUAAGUCAAUCCUUAAAAUAAAGGCACUGUACUUUCAAAUCCUUUCUUUUAAAUAGUCAAAUGUUAAUGUUACUCUCCGAGUCCUGCUUAUUGCAUAUUGUACACGACUAGAGCGGCUUUGCCAUAAAGGGCCGUGAGAGCACCCCCAUGGUGAAGAACACACACCAACACACGUCAUUUGAGUCUCUCGUUGUAAUAACUGCUGUACACAACAUUCCUAAGCAAUAUUUAAGCUUUUUUUUUGGGUUUAUCAUCGUGUUUAAGAUGGUCAUAAUUUAUAGAUUUUAAAAUUGUGAAUCUGCCUCGUAGUUUGUAUUACAAAGAGGAUGUCAAUGUUUUGUUCGAGGGAAGUUGUCUUUUUGUGUGUGUUCAGGACUAUAUGGCCACAAAAUGGAAAGUAUAUGAACUUUUUUAAUUUAAAAAACAGAUCAUGGUUAUUUCUAGUAUGAUUUAUAUAUCCCCCCCCCCCCCUCUUCCUAUUUAAUAGCUUCAGAUGGUUUUCUUUAGGAUUUUUCAAAGCCCCUCAAAACUGCUGUUUACAUUAAAGAUUUAAGAACUGUC